AGCAGGCGUGCAAAGUACCAAGUCCUAACUCGGGGAGGCAGUGAAGACAUGGGGAGCGGGCAGGGUUGCCGGCACCACCACCCAAUCACCGCAGGCAGAGUUCUGAGGUCCGUGUGCGCGGGGUUCGAGAUGUUUUGCUUGACGAUUCGACAGCGCAGGCCAAUGGCCACCACAAAUUUCCUCACCGCCUCAUUGCAUCGGAUCAUUAACGCAUCACGAAGAUGGCCGAAACCACGCCGCUACAGCAGGACCCAGUUAAGGUCGAGGCCGAUGAUGAGACCGGAUCGUCCCUGGGCGACGAUGCUUCUACCACAAGCACCUCUCUUAACUCCAGCGCGCUGGAGUACGAGUAUCGCCAUAGUCGUCGGUACCAUGGAUAUCGCUCCGGGACCUACAGCUUCCCCAACAACGCCCAAGAGCAGGACCGGCUCGACAUAGUCCACCAUGGCUUCUUCCGCCUCUUCAACGACAAACUGCUGCUGGCUCCUAUCGAUCUGGCCGGAAAGCGAGUCCUCGAUAUCGGAACGGAUCAGUUCCCCGAGGCCGAGUUAAUCACGGGCAACGACCUCAGCCCUAUCCAGCCUUCUUGGACCCCGCCCAACGUCAAAUUCAUCGUGGACGACGUGGAGCAGGACUGGGUAGAGCCGCAUUCCUACGACUACAUCCACUACAGGUACAUAGCCGGCUCGAUUAUAAACUGGCCUCGCCUCUUCAAGCAGAUAUACGACAACCUCUCGCCCGGGGGUUGGGUGGAGUUCCAGGAGUCCGACAACAUACUAGUCUCCGAGGACGGCACCCUGAAGCCCGACAACGCUGUCGUCAAGAUGAUGAAUGGCCUCAUGGACGCGUGCGAUAAGAUCGGGCGCAAUAUAAGCCCCGCCCCCUCCUUCAAGAAGUGGGCCGAGGACGCCGGCUUCGACAACGUCACGCAGCAGACCUUCAAGCUCCCCGUUGGCACCUGGGCGAAGGACCAGAGGCUCAAAGAGUGCGGGCUCUACGCGCGCCAGAACUUCCUUGAGGGCGUCCAGGGGUUCACGGCGCAGCUGUUCAAGGACCUCCUCAACGCGGGCGUGAGGGCUGCCGUGAGGGAUAACAAGGUGCAUGCCCUAUUCAAUGUAGUCGUCGUCACGGCCCAGAAGCCGGACGCUCACGACUGGUUGGUUGCGAAGCCGUCAUGUGUUUUAGAAUGCUGUUUGGCAAUGCAUCGAGAAGCGCCGAAACACCCAGGAGGUGAUAGGGUCGAGUAG